UCUUCUCUUCUCCUUAUCUUCCUGUAAGUAUCGUGCUCUCCCUAAUUGUGUGCCCUCGUUUCUCAUCAUAUACACUUUUAGAGCUACACUAUCUGCCCCGCCGCGCUUUUUCCUUCUCCGGACGGCUACGCAAUAUCCCAAACUUACUUCAACUCGGUUCUGGCAAACCUUGAAUCGAGUCAUCACUCCCAAGCGUUCUUCCUAUAUUUCCGAAUUCACCAAAAUGGCCCCAAAGAAGAAGAUCGCCGUUAUGACUUCGGGAGGUGACUCCCCAGGCAUGAACGCUGCUGUCCGAGCUGUUGUGCGCAUGUCCCUUCACAUGGGUUGCGACGCCUACUGCGUCUACGAGGGAUAUGAGGGUUUGGUACAGGGAGGCGACUUCAUCCGACAGAUGCAGUGGAACGAUGUCAGAGGCUACCUCUCUGAGGGUGGUACACUUAUUGGUACUGCUCGAUGCAUGGCUUUCUACGAGCGUCCUGGUCGGUUAACGGCCGCCAAGAACAUGGUUCUUUCUGGCAUUGAUGCUCUGAUCAUCUGCGGUGGUGACGGCUCCUUGACUGGCGCUGACAAGUUCCGAGCUGAGUGGCCUUCUCUCCUGGAAGAGCUCGUUUCCAAGGGAGAGCUGUCUACAGAACAAAUAGUACCUUAUAAGCAUCUCAACAUUGUCGGUCUCGUCGGCUCCAUCGACAAUGAUCUCACAGGAACCGAUGCAACCAUUGGUUGCUACUCAGCACUCGCCCGUAUUUGCGAGAUGGUCGAUUACGUCGAAGCGACUGCCUCUUCACACUCUCGUGCUUUCGUCGUCGAAGUCAUGGGCCGGCAUUGUGGUUGGCUGGCCCUCAUGGCCGGUGUCGCAACUGGUGCAGACUUUGUCUUUAUUCCUGAGAGGCCUCGUGAGCAUGAUUGGCAGGAAGAUAUGAAGGUCGUUGUGCGAAGGCAUCGAGACCUUGGAAAGCGCAAGACCAUUGUCAUUGUCGCUGAAGGAGCCCGCGACAAGGACGGCAACAAGAUCGGCGCCGAAGAAAUCAAGAACAUCCUAGCCGACAAGAGUGAGGGCGGUCUUGCUCUUGAUACACGUAUUACCACCCUCGGCCACGUCCAACGAGGCGGUACUGCCGUCGCAUACGACCGAAUGUUGGCUACCCUGCAGGGUGUUGAAGCCGUCAAGGCUGUCCUUGAAGCUACACCAGAGACUGAGACUCCUUUCAUCGCUAUUAACGAGAACAAGAUUGUUCGCAAGCCUCUAAUGCAAGCUGUUGCCGAAACCAAAGAGCUCGCCAAGGCUGUUGACGCCAAAGACUUCGAGAAGGCCAUGUCCCUUCGUGAUGCCGAGUUCGCCGACCAAUGGGGCUCGUAUAUGUUGACCACAAACGUCAUGGUUGACGAUUCCAAGCUGCCUGAGAAGGACCGUAUGCGAAUUGGCUUCAUCAAUGUUGGUGCCCCUGCCGGUGGCAUGAACGCUGCAGUACGUGCUGCUGUUGCGUACUGUCUUUCCAAGGGCCACGAGCCUCUGGCUAUUCACAACGGUUUCGCUGGAUUCGCACGACAUCACGAUGACAAGCCUAUCGGCGCUGUCCGCCCAUUCGACUGGCUCGAGGUUGACGGUUGGGCAAGCAAGGGUGGUUCCGAAAUUGGUACAAACCGAGAGCUUCCUGGCGAGUCUGGCAUGGAGUUGAUCGCCAACCUGAUCGAGGAGCACCACUUUGAUGCUCUAUUCCUUGUUGGUGGUUUCGAGGCCUUCCACUCCGUUUCACAAAUGCGCAAGGCCAGGAAGGAAUACCCUUCUCUGUGCAUUCCCAUGGUUAUUCUCCCCGCCACCAUCUCCAACAACGUUCCCGGAACCGAGUAUUCUCUGGGCUCAGAUACCUGCUUGAACGAGCUUGUCAAUUACUGUGACAAGAUCAAGCAAUCAGCGUCUGCUACCCGUCGUCGUGUCUUCGUUAUUGAGACUCAGGGUGGUCGCUCAGGCUACAUCGCUACCCUGGCUGGCCUGGAUGUCGGUGCCUCCGCUGUCUAUAUCCCCGAGGAAGGCAUCUCUCUUGAGAUGCUCAACUCCGAUGUUAACCACCUCAAGGAGGUUUUCAAGAAGGACAAGGGCCAGUCCCGUGCUGGACGCCUGAUCCUCGUAAAUGAGAAGUCCAGCAAGGUCUACAAUGCCAAGCUCAUUGCGGACAUCAUCCGUGAAGAGGCUCACGACCGGUUCGAGAGCCGAGAGAGUAUUCCUGGUCACGUCCAACAGGGUGGUGUUCCUUCUGCUAUGGAUCGUUGCCGAGCUGUUCGUCUGGCCAUCAAGUGCAUCCAACAUCUUGAGGGCUUUGGACGUAACGCUCACAACCACGUCAAGAGGGACCCCAAGAGUGCCUCUGUCAUUGGUAUUCAAGGCUCCGAGGUCGUGUUCAACGCAAUGGAGGAGCUGGAGGAGCACGGCACAGAUUGGCCCAACCGAAGACCUGCGACUGCCCACUGGUUGGGCCUGUCAGAGGUAGUAGAUAUGUUGGCUGGCCGUCCUGAUUACCCUAAGCCGGAGAAGAGCUUGACAGGGUUGAUCGCAAAGGACACAAAACGUGGUCUGUAGAGGGGCGUCAUUUUUUGGCUAUAAGGACAUUUUCAGAUUGACGUUACCUCAUUUUUCUCCCACCUUUAUUCUUAAUGGUAGCUCAGUAUGAAUGAAAUCAGUUUUAGGCGUUCAAGCAAAAUUAUCUUUGGUACGUUGGUCUUGAAUGACACUCUUGUUUAUAUGUUCUUUUUGUAUCCCUCCAUCUGUAGUGCUUUCUUGGAUAAGUAGCAGAAAUAGCCCAAGUAAGGAAUACUGUAUAGGAAUUUUCGACAAAUAAUGAGCCUUCAUGCGCCUGUAGAAGUGUCAUUACUGGAUUUGAUCUCAUCAUCAACGGAUUGAAAAGGGCACAACACCCCGAAGCACUUCCAGCAUAGUUAAAGUCGACAAGAAGUAGUUGGUAGGCAAAUUCGUAUUCAAGCGGUCUGCAAAGUACCCGUGCUUGAGUAAGAUGCUGCCGACUGAGAUACUGGACAAUGAGUUGCUGUCAAUACUCCUGGACGAGUCAUGAGAUACAUGAUCCCGGCUACAUCUAUCCUACGGUGCGAGUGAGACCUUACUCUUUGUAGUUCUCUUCUAUUGCCGGAAGGGAUCAUGAAGAGGAGAUGGGCGUUGUGGCUCCUCCGGCCGAUACUCACGUAGCCGGAAAUUGUUUACAAUGGCCAGGAAAUCCCAGCAGCAUAGGUACUUCUUUUAACUCCAUAUAUUGAUCCUCAAAGUGUUUACUGAGGAUAAUUUAUGCAGUUAAUUGCUAAUAUCCAUAGCUUAUUGACAUCUGGUGCAGGGUACGCUCUAGUUUAAAGAGCAUGUAUAACUACUUCAGGA